AUGGAACCUCCAUACAAGAGCCCAUCCUUUGCAAGUUCUCGAGCAACAUCAGCCACAUUCCCUCUCUCUAAGAGCUCCUCUCGAAGCCAAGCGCAACCCAAUGACCGACAAUCCACCCCGGAGGAACUCUCCGCAGUCAACACACACGAAAGCAAAACCGACAGACAUUCCCGUCGCCCUAAUCGCUAUGGCUCAGAAGACCGUGGGGUCUCUCCAAAGGGCGAGGCAUCACAUACUUCGUCCUCCUCGCGACGAACUCGCCCAUCCCCUUCACCUCGGCAACUUGUAGAGCCCGCCGGAUACGAUGGCUCGAGGUCCCACCGCCAUAAACACAGCAAAUCGCGGGAACUACGGUUUCCUCGUCCGAUGAGCCAUUUGGCUUCAUCAGCAAGUGCGAGAGGGCUAUUGCCUACGUGGUCUGGUGGGAGGGAUAAGGACCGUGAUGGGGAUGAUGGGUUGUUGAGGCCGAUUACAAGGGAGACCACGAGGUCCAGAUGGGGGUCGGAUUCGACAGGUCUGGAUGGGAGUCGCAAAGGGAGUUUAUUCGACCCGCCUGAGCAGGAGCGCUUGGGGCCGAUACGACGGCAGGAGAUUCAAUCGCCGGAGGAUUUGGAGAGGGUCAAAAAGCGGAGGAAGCAGGGCGAAGAAUACCUACGGUCUGCGCUGGCUUCUAUUGGAACCUUGGCCACGGAUGUUACGCGUCGGCUGGACUACACCUAUUACAAUCUACUUGAGAAAAUCACAGCACUCAACUCGACCAUCUCGUCUUUCCAGGAACUAUCCGACUCUGCCUCGACGCUUCUCAACAAUUUCGAACGAGAAACUGCCGGGUUGGACCAAGAUAUCCGAAAACAGAUCAGCGACCUCAAAGGGUUUGAACUGCAGAUUGAAAAGGCAGAUGCGCUAGAUCAGCGCAUGAAAGCAGGCAAACAGCGAGUGGAAGAACUAGGCAAGAGACUUGAGACCGUACGACACGAAAUAGAUAGCUGGGAACAGCGCGAAACCGAGUGGCAAACACGCACCAGUCGUCGUUUGCGCAUCUUCUGGGGCAUUGCCACUAGUGCACUGCUGGUGCUUGUGUUCGCCCUCGUCCUCCAGACCUGGCCACCAUUCCAGUCCCCCCACGCUGAAUUAUCACGCCUGGCAGCGUUGAACCAAUCCUCUGUGCCACCCCAGUCCGAUGCAUGGGAUUCAAUCCUUGAACUAGACGGGAAAGGAAACGGGUCUGCUGCAGGGGCCUUGCCGUACCCGCCCAGCCUUGCAGAUCGCCGCGAGAGCCUGGCAAAGGCUAGUCCUACUUCGACGGAGGACCGGUCAGGACCCGAUGCUGUGCCUACAGAGCAUGAUCCACUGAGGGUGUUGGAUGAAUUAUGA